UUCCUCAGGUACCUUAACAUACGCAGAGCCACAGAAGAAAAAACAGUUAUAAUAAUCGACAAAAUAGGCCAUGUACAGUGAGUAGUUACAUUGCUCCGUUUCAAGUUUUCAAUCACAUUAUUCUCACAAGUCACAAGUAGCGCAACUCAAUGGAUCCUCAAACUCCGGCCACCGGCAUCACCGCUCGGAGCGCCGCGGAACCCUCACAACCUCAACCACCACCACAACCUUCACCUUCUCUCCCUCCACCCUCCUCAUCAUCAACCCCUCCCAUCUCAGCCCCAAACCCUAACACUAAUCCUAAUCCUAGCCCUAGCCCGAACCCAAGCCCAAGCCCGAUUCAAAACCCAAGCCCCAAACCCCCCACUCCAACACCUCCCCAACCUCGCCCUCCAGCUUCAUUCAACCGAAAUUUGCCGCCGCCGCAGUCGCAGUCGCAGUCGCAGUCGCAGCCGCAGCCGCAGCCACAUCCACCGCAGUCUCAUUUCCAACACUUCUCGUCGCUCCCACCUUCUUCCGCUCCUCCAUCAUCUUCAGCGCCGAUUCCCGGUGCAGCCGCGGCGCCGAGGGGAGGCAUGGCAAUUGGUGUACCCGCGCACCACCAAAAUCCCUCCCCUCCGUUUUCCUCUUCUUUCGGUCAACAUUUUGGCGGGUUGGGUCGAAGCGGAGUCAACGUAACGGAAUCUACCUCCUCCAAUUCUAGCACUUCCCAGGUGAGAGCACCAAUGCAAGGAAUGGGUAUGCUAGGGUCUCAAAUGCGGCCAAGUGGAAUCCCUGCACAUCAACAGAGACCAGUGGAAUCAUCUCUUAGACCUUCAUCCGCUGCCCAAAAUAAUCAACCUGCUGGUUCACAAGGCUUCCAAGGGCAUGGAGUUAUGAGACCCUCAUCAGUUGGAUCGCCUGCUACUCCAUCUCAGAGUGCAUCACAAAGUAUGCAAUCACUUAAUCAGCCAUGGUUGUCAUCUGGGCCACAAGGGAAGCCUCCUUUGCCUUCCCCGGGUUAUAGGCAGCAGUUGAACCCACAAUCCUUGCAGCAAAGGUCGCAUAUUCCUCCACAGCAGCAAUCUGCACCAACAACUUCACAUCAGCAGCAACCUUUGCCAUCUAAUCAAUCGCAGGAGCAUUUUGGGCAACAGGUUCUGCCAUCCAGGGCUCUGCAUGUGCCUCAUCAGCAACAGCCUACAAGGCUACAAGUGGCCGGAAAUCAGAAACCUUCAACUUUUGUGGCAACACAAUCUAAUGCAGUUCAACUAGGGAUUCAAAAUAGAUUACCAAAUGUAGAUACUGAUGAAUCUUGUAAUAGUAUUCUCAGCAAGAGAAGUAUCCAUGAGCUAGUCAAUCAGGUUGAUCCACUGGAGAAGUUGGAUCCUGAAGUUGCAGACAUUCUUGUGGAUAUUGCAGAAAAUUUUCUAGAGUCUAUAACAAGGUCUGGUUGUUCACUAGCCAAACAUCGGAAAUCAACAACUUUGGAAGCGAAGGACAUACUUCUACAUCUUGAGAAAAAUUGGAAUAUGACACUUCCUGGAUUUGGUGGUGAUGAGAUUAAAAGCUACAGAAGACAUCUUGCAAGCGAUAUUCACAAGGAGCGUCUGGCAGCUAUAAAGAAAUCAAUGGCAGCAACUGAGGCAGCGCAUGCUAAGGGCUUGGCUGGCCAGGCAUCUGGUAGUGCAAAGGGUAGUCAAGCGAAGACACCUUUGAAUGUCAUUGGCUCUCCAAACCCAAAAACCUCAUAGAAUGAAUGCUUUAUUUAUGCUUUACAAAGCAAUGGAGAAACCACUAUGGCAAAGGCUGUUUCUUAGCAUUCCAUUUAGCAGAACACGAGCAAAGAUCUGAAUUUUGAAACCUUGCAAACCAGACAAGGGAAUCUGGAUUCGUAUGAAUCGUCUUACAGAGUUUGUCAAACACCAGAAAACCAAAAAG